AUUCAUGCCAAUCCAGCAACAAUCUAAUAGCAAUAGCAAAUUAGCAAUACCAAUUCCCAAAUGUAUCCUUACAAUUUUUAUUACUUAUUCCUUUCAGAACAUACAACAAGAUACAUAUACAUACAUACUUACUUACGCCGAGAGAGAGAGAGAGAGAGAGAGAGAGAGAGAGAGAGAGAGAGGCAUUCGUCCGUAGUUCCAUGGGUUGUGUUGGGUCAGGUACACGUUCCCACGAUGAUUCCAUUCCUUCUCGUCUCGUCGCGUCGCGUCGUCAUCCGCCCUAUGAUUCGGAGUUAGGAACCGAAUAUUAAUGCGGACUGCAGGAUCGGGAUUACCCCAUGCACACAGCACAUACAUACAUACGCCAGCCGUCAAAUAUACGAGGACGAUUCUUCUGAGUAAGGUUUCCAUCUUUGUUUGCCGUCUGCUGUAUCGGGGCGGGGCGGGGCUGGUCUGGUCUGGCCCUAAUUUGGAGUUAGUGCGAAUUAAUGGAGACUGAGUAUCGUCCUCCUCCGUUGUUGAACAUUGGGAAAUGCUGCCGCUGCAAAAACUGCCUCUCCUCCACGAUGAAGAAAUCAUUUUCGGCAAUGUGCCUUAGCAGCUCGGCCGUCCGUGUCGCAGUAGUCGAGGAAGAGAAGCAGUGCAGCAUCCCUGCAGCAGCAACAGGGUUAGCUGCGCAACAAAAGGCUCAUAUCGACAUAUUAAACGAAUGUGCAGAACUGCGCGAAACCAUCAGCAGGCAGCAGCAUAUCAUUGAGAAUCUGAUUUCUGAGUUGGAGAAGGAGAGGAACGCCGCGUCUUCAGCUGCCAACGAAGCAAUGUCUAUGAUUCUGCGACUGCAGAGGGAUAAGGCAGAGAUUCAAAUGGAGGCUCGGCAGUUCAGGACGUAUACAGAAGAGAAGUUGGCGCAUGAUCAGCAAGAGAUUAUUGAAUUGCUGGAUUUGUUGAAUCAGAAGGAGGAAGAGAUUGAACUACUUUCCAGUACUACUGGUGGAGGAGGAGGAGGAGGACGGCCAUAUUAUAAUAAUAAUAAUGCUAAUAAACACAGGAUGAUCAUCAGCCAUGGGAUUAUGGAGGAUGAGGAAGAAGAUGGGCAAUUUCGUGAGAUUUUCCCUUCUAAAGAAUAUGAUGAUCAGGAAGGUUAUAAUAAUUGUUAUUAUUCUCCUGAAAAUCAUCAUAUCGACAAAUAUGAUUAUAAUUAUUCACGGCAGUCAUCUGGGAAUGAAUUAAUCAGUGAUUUGGAGUUUCGGAUUAGUCUGCUGGAGAAGAGCCCACCCUGCAGCAGGAGCAGGAGCAGGAUUAUCCAGCCAAAUUCACCAGCUCGACGGUCAACGGGUAAAGAAAUGUGGCCAGAUUUUACCAUGGACUCUCCAAAACUCAGUUUGAGGAAGAUGAGAAGGGGGAAGGUGGAUGAUGCUACUACUAUUACUACUGCUAUAUCAACAGAUGAAGCUGAUGACUUGAUGAUAGAUCGGGUGUGCACGGUUGAUUCUGCUGUUUAUACAGUUAAUGGUCUCAUGGAUCCAACAGCAGCAGCAGCAGCAGCUGUUAUGGGCAAUGAUGAUUAUUGUAUAGGAGCUGGAGCUGGAGCUGCAGCAACAGCUCCUAGAGAUAUUGAGAUCCAGAAGCUGUAUGCGAGGGUUCAUGCUCUGGAGGCCGAUAGAGAAAUAAUGAGGCAAUCCAUUGCUUCUAUGGGGAGCAAUAAAGCUCAAAUGGUGUUGUUGAAGGAGAUAGCUCAGAACUGGUGCAGAGAAAUGUCUCCGGCACCGCCAAGACAGCAGCAGAUGACCAAUGUGCAUGUGCCCAAGCAGCCAUACCCACUCCACCCCAACAAUAAGUUCUCCUUCAUAUCAUCAAUCUUAGCGUGGAUCGUUUCCAUCGUUUUUUUCUGGAAAAGGAAACCGGGCAGAUGCAAGUACCAGCCAUUUGGGACAUGGGGAAGCAGCGUGGGGUUGCUACUGCUUCUGGAGCGGUGUCCUCCUGCCACGAGUAGGCCACAGACGACAUAUUUGGGGUGGGUUGUUGACAUUCUUGGGCAGUGAUUAGCUAAGCUAGCAUUUGUUUUGUGGAUGCCGUCUGCUUUGUUUUACUUCCCAAGAGGUAGGAGAGGAGAGCAGUAAAGGAAUACCUAAUACAAGCAAGACGGACUAGGUGGCAUCGAGGUUUUGAACCCGGUCAUAAGCCC